CGCUGUUGUUUCGUGAGGCUGGAGAGCCGGUGGGGAGCCUGUGAUUGGGGAAAUAAGCAGUUGUGUCUGCGCCAGCGACCUCAGAGGAAGGCUGGAUUCAGAGGAGGGACGCUGAGGCUGUGGAUUUCGAAACUGCUCCUGUCAAGAAGAGAUGGAUCUGUGGCACAUGUGAACUUUGGAGAGAAUAUUCUGCACGUGCAGACGACAUGAGCGGCUCCCGUUUGGCGUCAGGGACUGCUGGAGGAAUGGAGGUCUCUGAAAUCCGCUGCUUCUCUUGAACGCGUUCUGAUGUAGAUCUGCUCCUGAGAGGUCGACAACUCUGACGCUAUGUGGCGAAUCAUUGAGAUGUAAAUAGUGACACAUCGUUCAUCGCACGAUUUAACAGGCAAAAUAUACAGCUCAGCAAGGCUGACCACAAAGACAUCUGUUAUACCUGAUUACACCUGAGACGCGAGGGGAAAUUACUAGCUGGGGCCGGGACUGAAGGAGUAACCUGUGAUGUCUGACUUCACCUGGGCCAUUCGUCUCAGACUCUGCUGAGUAGUUGCAGUGUAGUCGAGGGGGGGGGCGGGUGGCAGGAGCAGACUUCAUUUCCAGGUGUUUAAACCACACCAGACUUGACUCACCUCACGUCAUUCCAUCUCCGCAUGGACUUUCUCACCUCAUCUUCUCGGUAAUCCCAGCCCUCAAACCCACCGCCUCUCGUCCUCUCCCCAUGGAACCAUUCAAAGGAGGAGAGAAGCGACGCUGAUUAAUGUGACUCCCAGCAGCCCGAGUCGGGUUCCACAGCACCAGAAAUAGAAGGCAGAGAGAAAAACCGCCACGGCACUUGUGAACUGUCAUCACGUGGAACAAGAGUAGCACCAUGUGGAAUCAGUCUGGAUACUGCAAUCACAUACCUCACCCUGGAUAUCCCUUUUACCAUGCGCCGUGCAGUCAUAACCAGAGGAUCACAGCGUUUCACCAUCCUGUGAGUGGACAGAUUUCUCCAGAGAGCGUGGACUACAUCCUGCAGGAACAGCCGCAGGGUGCUCGCAUGAUGUCCACACCUAUGGGUGAGCAGCUCUCCAGCACCACCGUCAGUGAGGCCUCCACCGCCGUCACGUCCUCCACUGUGGACACCACUUCUGCCUCUAAGGGCUCCCGGUUCAGUGGGAAGGUGCACACUUUCGGGAAGAGGGAGCAGUCCAUUAAGAGGAAUCCCAAUGUCCCCGCGGUGAUCCGAGGAUGGCUGUACAAACAGGACAGCUCUGGGAUGCAUCUUUGGAAGAGGAAAUGGUUCGUCUUGGCUGAUUUCUGUCUGUUCUACUACAAAGACAGCAGAGAGGAAUUGGUGCUAGGCAGUAUUCCUCUGCCCAGCUAUGUCAUUUCACCCGUGGGACCUGAGGAUCACAUCAGCCGCAAGUAUGCCUUCAAGGCUAGCCACACUGGCAUGCGCUCGUACAUUUACAACCAGAGCUCUAUGAUUGGCUCGCAGGCGGAGCACACUGGGAUGCGGACGUAUUACUUCAGUGCGGACACCCAAGAAGACAUGAGCACCUGGCUGAAGGCCAUGAACCAGGCGGCGGUGAUGCAGAACCACGGCGACACACUCAGACCAGCUGACAAGAUAGAGAAGCUGAUGCAGCAGGCUGUCCCUCAGACAAACCACGUUAACCACAACAACACCAAGACUUCAGACGUUGAGCCCAUCAUCCAUAAGGUUUUCCUGGAGCCCCUACGCCAUGACAAAGGUGACAGAGAGGAGAUGUUCAGCUUUCACAAAGACUCUCCUGGCACCAUCACGUUGGAGCAGCCCAUGGGAACCAUGGGCCUGGAAAUGGACACUCACACUUCCCUCCCAUCCAAUCCUGCACCCUCCGCCCUUCCGAAGCCUGACCACGGUUCGGUGUCGGCGCCGGUGUCAAGGGUGCCGUCUCGUGCGCCGUCGCGAGGCGCCUCGACUUUGCCCUCGAGGAACGGCCUCGUCUCCACACCCAGUCCCAUCCUAGAACCCAACGGGAUUGCGGCGGGGACGUACCAGAGGGCCCCGGAGACGCCCGUCACCAACACACAAAAGUUGGUGCAUAGGAGGGGUACUUUGGAGAAGGUGGAGCACUGGGUCAAAGUGCAAAAGGCUGAGCACAAAGGCCCCCCAUCCAGAGAAAACACCCUCCCUCGUCGCACCCCACCGACGCAGCACAAGUACACCUCUAUAGACGCCUACCAGACCCUGCCAAAAACCCCUCGUCAAAGCCCCCUGCCCAGCCGACUCGGCGAGUACAAGUACGCCCAGGAUCGUCUGAGCCACUUCCGCCUCGGCCCAGAUCAUGGCGGCUCGGGGUCCAACACUGUCUGGCAACUGUACGAGUGGCAGCAGCGCCACCAGUUCCGCCACGGCAGUCCCACGGCGCCUCUUUACACUCCGGCACCAGAGUACCCAUACGGCCCCCGGCCUCCAUCUACUGUGCCUCCCUCCUCCUCAGGUCCAAGGACGGAGGGGCCUCCUCGCUGUAUAUCGGUGCCGCCCUCCCCGGCAGACAUCCCUCCACCGGGGCCUCUGCCCGGCUCCAGCCGAACCCUCUCACCCACUCGGAGGCCGCACACGCCCGCUGAACGGCUGUCAGUCAAGCCCGUGGGUGAUAUGUCAGUGGUGGACAUCCCUAUCACUAUUUCCCCCCGUAGGAGCAAAUCUCAGAUGUUCAAGACCACCACUAUUGACAGACGGUCAAUGCCUCCAUCUGGCUACAUGACACACACAGUCAGUGCACCCAGCCUCCAUGGCAAAACGCCCGAGGAGCUCACUCUCCUCCUCAUUCAGCUGCGCCGACACCAGGCCAAGAUGGCCUCCGUGCGUCAGCAAACGUUAGCCCAACUCCAGCGGCUCAAUGGUCCCAAAGAGCCCUUCAGUCACAACCGCCUCUUCACCGCCACCGCUAGCACCAGUCCCCUACUCAGCGCCAGCCCCUCUCCUGUGUCCCACCUCGGACACCUCGGCCUCUCGGCUCCGCUGGGCACUUGCAACACCCAGAGUGAUGACACCUACAUGCAGCUGAAGAAGGACUUAGAGUAUCUGGACCUAAAGAUCAGAGCUCUAGAGCCCCUGAUCCUCGCAGUUCACAGUUUACUACUGCACUGCACUGCUGGGCCUCUCAGGCCUCUAAUGAACGUAGCUGGAAGUCAGACGUUGAAGGAGUCAGGGAAACCUGUCAGGGUUGCAGAAAGCGACGUGGAUGUGAAGCUGAGUCGGUUAUGUGAACAGGACAAAAUCCUCCAAGAUCUGGAGGCGAGGAUCAGCUCCCUGAAGGACGACAAGGACAAGCUGGAGAACGUCCUGGACAUGUCCCACCAGCAGAUGGAGCAGUACCAGGAGCAGCCGGCCCACGCCCAAAAGAUCGCCUACCAGCAGAGACUGCUGCAGGAAGAUCUGGUCACCAUCAGGGCCCAAAUAUCCCGCUUAUCCACGGAGAUGGCACAUGCCUGGGAGGAGUACAUCAGUCUUGAGAAAUCAGUGGAGCAGUUGAGGACGGCUCUGCAGGCACACAUGAACCACAGCACCACCCCACAGCAGGAAAGAACUGAGAUGAAGCGUGAGCUGUGGAGGAUUGAGGAUGUCAUGGCCGGACUGAGUGCCAGCAAAGCCAAUUACAAGAUCACAAUUGACUCUGUCCAGAACCCUGAGAGGAAGUUAGUGCCUUCAGUGUCAGACCCGGCAGUGCCUUCUCCCAGCGCGGAGGUCCAGCCUCCCCCUCGCAGCUCCAUCCCAACCAUCCUCUCUCAUACUUUGCCUCACAGCACUGUGCCAAAGUGGACCGAGGACCAGGCCCCACCCAGGCCACCACUGCCAAGCCACUACGACUAUGAGGAGACACCACCCGUGGUGCCGCCCCUCCCCAAAGAGGCUUCUGUCAUCCGCCACACAUCAGUGCGUGGGUUGAAACGGCAGUCAGAUGAAAGGAAGAGGGACAGGGAGGGCGGGCAGUACGUCAAUGGAGACUAUAAGACUGAUUUGCGAUCAUACCUGAGUGAACCAGAGCUGCCGGGAAUUAGCCACCACAACACGGGGUCUGACAUGGACUACCAGUAUUUCUCAAGCAAAGGUCUUCCAGGCUCCUCAUCUCAGCUCAACCAGUCCAGCUCCAUCUCAUCGUAUGUCACCCUAAGGAGAGGCGCCGGGAGCUCUGCAGCGAAGGAGAGACCCAAGAGUGCCUUGGAGCGUCUGUCGUCGCCGACCGAGGCCCUGCAGCUGUCGAGCAGCCAGUCUCGAGGACGGAUGACUGCGGACGAGCAGCUGGAGCGGAUGAAGCGCCACCAGAAGGCGCUGGUUCGCGAGCGCAAGAGGAACCUCAGCCAGGGCGAACGUUCCUCCACUGGCCUCUCCAACUCCACCGCCUCCACCCAGCGCUCCUCCUCCUCCUCCAGGCUGCCCUCGGGCAGCUCCGACCCCACGGCCUCCGUGUUUGACUGGCAGGAGGAGCGACCCAGAGCAGAGGGUCAGAGCGACGAAGGCCGGAAUCAAGUCAAAGAGAGGCCGAGGUUCCUGUCAGAAGAGUGGGUGACGGUAACAGCCAAAGAUAUACGAGAGGUGGACGUGGAGCCUCUUGACUACGACCUGGACAUCAGCCGAGAGCUGUCCACACCACAAAAGGUUUCCAUCCCGGAGCGCUACGUAGAGUCUGACCCUGAAGAGCCUCUUAGUGCAGAGGAGCUGGAGGAACGCACCCGUCGGGCCGAGCGCAUCAAGAACAUUCUGACCAAAUCCAGUGUUCAGAACAUACAGCCGUCUUCAGUGGACUUCAGUGAACUGGACUCAGUUCUGCUGCAGCAGGAGAGGAUCAUGAGCGUGUCCCAUGCACUGGCUUCAGAGGCCUCACGCAAGAGCAAACUGGUCGCAGGGUCUGAGUGGCUGGAGAGUUGGUGAUCAUGUCUGGUCCAGCCAAAGCUGCUGCAGAGCACUGAGACACCGCGUGAAGAGGAGGUUGUCUGUGAAGGGAGGGUGACAGGGAAGAACUGGAUGUCUUUUUUACAGCAGUCGCCAACUAAACUGAUUUACUUACAACAAAUCUCUUUCUUGUGAGUGAGAGAAAAAAAAAACACACACAAAUUUCUUACACAGAUUUUUGAUAAUAAUUUUUAAAUAGUAUAAAGUAUUCUUCUGCACUUACAUUGCACGAUUGAGUAAUAAUUUAUAACACGAGUUGCUUUUAUAAAUCUGCAGUGAACUCUUGAAAAGUGAAAUAAAAGCCAAUGCCAACACGCUCAGAUUGCAGUGGGAAUGUUUAGGCAUGAUUUGUUUAUUUAUUCCGUGGUUUGGAUUGAUGCGCUUCUACUGUAUAUUUCCUCCACACUGUCACAUAAAGAUCUUGUCAAUCAACACAGUUGCAUUAGCAAAUGGAUGUAAUGGAUGAAACUCAAUGAAAAGUGACAUAACGCAAAAUAAAGGACUGCAUAAUAAUAGUA